AGUCCGUUUGAGUGAUGUCUGCAGGCUGGAUGGGAGAAGGAGCAAAGGGCGAGAGUUAAUCGCACUUCCAUCCGCUUACCAGCCUGUGCACGCCGGCCACGCUCGCUCAAUCGAUGGGAGGAGCGUCAGGAUCGAAGGCAGCGCUCGUCCGCCGCAUCCCUAUCACCACCACCUUGUGGUACUGUGUAUUGUCUGACUGUAUGCAGUUCUCACUCUCCAUGUCUCCUUGUAACAAAAUGGCAUUUCAUACUAUGACCCGCCUUGUGACUAUACAGUGCGAGUGCCGCCGAAGUGUGACAUGCGAUGCACGGUCGAGCAUGAGCUGUUCAAGUUGCGUGCGCGCCAGCUUUGGUCGCAUGAUGAGAUGCAAAAGUAGGUGCAUCUGAUUGCGUAGAAGUGUGCAGGAUGGGCCUGACACUGCGAAUGCAUUAUGCAUGCAUGAUGA